UGGUGCUUUGAAAAAAGGCACUGAGAUGUUUGUGUUGAGAUAUUAAAAAUUAUAAGAAAAAGGGGCAAAUCAUAACAACGUCCUCAAGACUCUUUGAAGGGUUCAUCAGCAACCCUCACUAAAGCCCUGCUGUUGUGGCAUGGUAUCAUACUGAAAUUUUAGCCCUAAAUUUCAACAAUAGUCUGGCAUGGCAAAUUUAGGUUUGCACGGUCUGUAGCUCCUUUGAGGAACAAAGAAGAAGGAGGAGGAGGAGGAGGAGAAAGAAAGCAUCCCCUCAAUGAGCAUUUCUGAAUGUGAAUCCGUGAUGACGGUUGGUUGCGGGGUGCAGCCUGUGAUCAGCUCUCAGUGACGCGGUGUGACGGAGGAGGCUGGAGGAGGAGGACGCUGCCGCUCCGCGCAGCUCUCUGACCGUCUCCUCUCGUUCUCUCAGCGGGCGUCGGGCAGCUCAAAGCCGGAGGGAUGGAGCCAGCGGGCGCGUACGGCGCCGGGAAGGCCGGGAGCUUCACCUUCGAUCCGGUCGCCUUCUUCACGCAUCCCCGGACCAUCCUGAGACUGUUGUCGUGGGUUUUCUCCAUGGUGGUGUUCAGCUGCAUCGUGAACGAGGGCUACAUCAACAUCGGCAGCGAGCGUUUACUCUGCGUCUUCAACAACAACGCCGACGCCUGCAACUACGGCGUCACUGUGGGCGUGGCCUGUUUCCUCGGCAGCAUCUUCUUCCUCAUCCUGGACGUUUACUUUCCCUCCAUCAGCAGCGUCAGAGACAGAAGACGCGCCGUCCUGCUCGACCUCUUCUUCUCUGGUCUUGCCAGCUUCCUGUGGUUCGUUGGCUUCUGUUUCCUGGCCAAUCAGUGGCAGGCUACCUCCCCAGAAGAGCUGCCAUUGGCCCAGGGCUCUGACGCUGCCCGAGCUACCAUCGCUUUCUGCUUCUUCUCCAUCCUUACCUGGGGUUAUCAGUGUCUGCUGGCAAUGAGCAGUUUUAAAAGCAUCUCCUUCAUGGAGGACGAGCAGAGGCUCCUGUCCAGGAGCCCUCCCACCCUCUCUCUAGUCUAACACACACACACACACACACACACACGUACCUGUAAAUAACUUACUGAUUAAGGGCGUCUCUGUAAAUUUGUCAUGAAAGGUCAGGUUUUGUAGCAAGUAAUGGAAGUUAAAUAGUAGAGUAGUAGAAUAUUGCUGAUUCGGAGUAGGACUGGGUAAUAUGGUUAAAGCCGAUAUAUCAAAAUAUAGCACAGAUGACAGGAAGUACACAAUUUAAAAAAAAAAAAAUCUGCAGCCAUAAAUCAGUUUGUGUUUUGUUGUCUGAUCAUUGAGAGACCAUACGACAGAUGGACUAACAAUGAGUCCAGGCUGUGUUGUACAGCGCUCACACAGAUGAUUUAUAAAAACAGCUGUUUUGUCAUAACUCAUCGGGGUAAUUUUCCUAAUCUCCAUGUGUCUUCAGACUGUGGUGGAAACACAGACAACAAAACGCUGAGGAAACCUUUUAGUUCUUAGAAAAGUAGUUCCUGGAACUGCUUUUCAAGGAACCAAAGGAAGGAACUGGACAUGGUGUCUUUACUAUUGGUCGGAAAGGUCAAAUCUGAUCCACUGACCAGCAGGAUAAAUUUUAGUGGGGGAAAUAAAAGAGCAGCACUUGCAUGUCCUGCAUUACAACCACUGAGGAAGCCCAGAGCGAGGCCUUUAACCCUGCUCAGGAGCCGACAGGUCAGAAUGUGGCUCCGCUGCACAGUUUCCAGGUGUUGAUGUGUGUAACCGUGGGGGUGUGAACGCAGCAUAGCUGAAAAAGAAGAAUUUCUAUGUCAGAAAACAUUGCCAGUAAGACAGAGACCAAAUGAUUUACUAUCCAGUGAUAACUCACUAAAGCCUGUUAAAGUAAUCUUACCAUAAAAUCUAUGGCAGCCAUUCAUCUCGCUGUCAGAGGAUGUGAGGAGGUUAAGCUGUUAUUGUGUCAAGUGUGCAGUGCAAAAGUCUCUUUUAGUCUGUCAAUUUUUUUUUUACAGUAGUCAUGUUAAAUUAAAAUUACGUGUUAAAUUAUUCCAGGAUUCUUCUGUAGAGAAUUUAUAGCAGCUGCAUCAUAUUUGAUUUUGGCUACUCUUUAGAGAAUUGAUUUUACACAUUAAAAUUGGUUUACUAGUCCGUUAUUUAAUGUUAUUUAAUUUAAUUCUUAUUAAUCUAAGAAAAUUUGCCUUAGAAACUGGAGGCACAGAGUUUGAAAGAUGAGGUGGUUUACUAAGCUGGAGACAAAAUGAAUGACAACCCUCUGGAGACCAUGACUGUACAGGCAUUCAUGGUCUGAAUACCUGCAAAACAAGUCACGUGCCCAUCAGCCUCAGCUGUACUUUGAGUUUGGUGCUAAUUAGCAAAUGCUAGCAUGCUAACAAGCCAGAACUAAUAAAGUGAACCUGGUACACCUGCUAAACAUCAGUAAUGUUAGCAUUCUGAGCAGCACGUUAGCACACUGCUGUUAGCAUUCUGCCUCACAGAAGAGCUAGCAUCCCUUCUGUGACAGUCAGCUGAUCUGUAGUUUUAAUGCAGAACGAUGUGUGACUAGCAGCCGCCACUAAUACCUCUGUGUGUGUGUGUGUGUGUGUGUGUUACUAACAGGCUGUGCUGACGCUCAGCGCACUGCGGCGCUUCUUAACUGGCAGCAACAGGAACUUGUUCACAUGGCAACAGCUGGAUCCUGCCACCAGUAACGCUCGAGCUACACCCUACCCCAUCGCCAACGGGGCCACCAUAGUCACCAC